GUAUCUAUUAUAAAUCGACAAAAUCAACUGAUCGAACUGUUGGUUUGUACAGGAGGUAUGAAGAAAAUUUUCCGAUCGACCGAAAUCUACUAGGUCGGUUUUCGGCAUUGGGUCGGCUCAACUCGACCGACCGAUGUCAGCCCUUGAGGGGAGGACGACACGUCGAUAAGCUUGAUCAAGACGAUCUGUCGUCUUAUCUGCGUUAGAACGAGGAAGCUGAAGCCCACUAAAUUGCCGGAAAACGAAUUCCCGCCAUCCCGGAGAAAUUCGACGGCGCCUAACAGAGCGGGAACUCCCGGAAAGAGAGCGCACUCUCUUCUUCAUCGACACGUCACUCAUGAACUGUCCGUACAGUUCAUUUCGAACAGUCGCAUAUCCACUUCCGUCCCCCAUCCAUAAUCCCAAAUCCCUAGUGGCCCCCAAUUUUACCUCAUUUUCAGCCCUAAAUUCCGGAAAAUUUGGAGCAUCUGUUUACUGGAAUAUCGUCCUAAAGCCAGUUGAGAAGACGAAUUUGCGAGUUAGAGCUUCGACGAGUGAUGAUGCCGGUACUGAGAAGUGGCUCAAAUGGAUACCUAAUGGAGCUUUAGCCGCUGAUAAGGUUUUGAGAUUGGUUGCCGGUGCAACCGCCAGCCCCAUCAGCCAGUUCAUUUCGUCGCCUGUUACAUUUCUUCACUCUGUAGACCCGCGAAUCAAAUUGGUAUGGCUCUUGGCUCUUGUUGUCUUACCAGCGAGAUCAAAUAUCACUAUUCGUUUUGGAUUAGUGAUUUUCUUAGCUUUUCUGUCCAUAUGGAUUCUUCCAACUGAGUUAUGGAAGGACCAAGUGGGAAGAGUUUCUCUACUCUCAGGAAUUUUGUUCGUCAUGCUGGGGCUGAGCGCGGACGGUGUGCCACCCCUCAUCCAAUCAAGAACUCCUCCACCUGGAAUGAUGGGAUUGCCUGAGCUUCCUGCAUCUUUGGGAGGUUACUCGUAUUUAAUUGCAAAGCUUGGCCCUUUAACUUUUACAAGGAAGGGCUUGUCGGUAGCAAGUACAGCAGCAUGCUUAACUUUUGUCGUUUUCCAAAGUGCAAGUCUCUGCCUCACAACCACAGCCCCCGAACAACUUGCAUUCGCCAUACGCUGGUUUUUGCUUCCUUUGGCAUAUUUUGGCGUUCCAGUUGCUGAAAUCACUCUUACACUUUUACUUUCUUUGAGAUUCGUCAGUCUGGUGUUUGAUGAGGUUCGAAAUGUUGCAUUAGGGGUUGUAUCCCGCAGGAUAAACUGGCAACUGUUGACCACGAUGGAGACGGUUGAUGUUUUCUUUACUUAUCUCCGUCGCAUUUUCAAAAAUAUUUUUAGCCAUGCGGAGCAGAUUUCUCAGGCAAUGAUUGUAAGAGGUUUCCGAGGAGAUAGCAGCAGUCAUAAACUGUUUUUCUUAUCAAGCUCAUCAAGCAGAAUGGCAAAUAUUCUCUCCCUGUUAUGCCUGAUUGGUGUUAUCAGUGCAUCUGUUUUCUUUGACAAAGUCAUCGUCUGAUACCUACAUCCACUUUUUGCAUCUUCUCCCCCAGCUAAAGCUCUUGUGGAAAUAAAUACCUAUCACUUGUGUCUCUUCAAAACCACAGUUCCAUAUUGCUCAUCCCAUGGCCUUUUCUUAUAUGGGACAUGAAACUUCAUUUGGUGGAUUCAAAUCAUACAUAUAUUGAUCUUGUUGAGAGAGUUCAAAAGGGUGUUGCUGUUCUCCCUUGAUUUGAUUGUAUGCUUUUGAAGUGAAGUUCUGUAGGACAAAGGAAAAAUUUUCUCCUGAUACAGGAAAAUAAUAUGUUCAGGAUGUGAUUUCUUUAGUUGGAAAUAACAAAUUUAGGCAUUUUUU